UUCUACUGUAUACACGAAAGGCAUCAAGUGAGACCUAGACACAAUUUCUACAUCAAGUCAUCAAUCUUGCAUAACGACCGACAUCAUGGCGGCCGCAGCAGUCAGCUCUGUGCGAGUCGACAAGCACGAUCUUCCCACCUACCAUCAAGUCCCGGAGACCACAUAUGAUUUGGAAUGGGCCGAUCUUGCAACGUUAGAUCUAUCGACCUUCGACCAACCCGGCGGCAAGCAGAAGCUGGCCGACCAACUCUUCAACGCCAUCCAGAAGAUCGGAUUCUUCUACAUCGUUGGCUUCGGAUUGACUCAGGAGCAAGUCGACCGUCAGUUUGCCAUUGGCAAGGAAGUGUUUGAGCUCCCGAUGGAGGAGAAGCUCAAAUACCGCGCCGACUUGGAGAAUGGAGGCUACAACGGCUACAAACCACUUGGCCUGCGUGAAUUACGCCCUGGUGUCUUCGAUAAUACCGAAAUCUUCAAUAUUCCUAAGUGCAUCCCAGCAUACGAAAGGCCGCAGCCGGACAUCGUCAAAGCCCAUUGGGACGAGAUCGAAACGUUCGCAAAGACAAUCUACUCCGAUGUCAUCCAGAAACUGCUCACGCUGUUCGCCCUCGUGCUGGAGCUCCCAGAAGACUACUUCCUCAAGCACCACAGAUACGACGAGAAAUCCGACUGCCACUUGCGGUAUAUGAAGUACCACGCCCGCACCGCGCAGGAGAAUGCCGCUCUGGGCGAGACGUGGGUCAAGGGACAUACGGACUUUGGCUCCAUGACCCUCCUCUUCCGCCAACCCGUCGCCGCCCUGCAAGUCCGCAGCAACGACGGGCAAUGGAAAUGGGUCAAGCCCUACCCAGGCAGCAUCACAGUCAACCUCGCCGACAGCCUCGAAUUCAUCACCAACGGCUUCUUGAAAAGCAGCAUCCACCGCGUCGUCGCUCCGCCCCCCGACCAAGCCAACAUCGACCGUCUCGGCGUGCUGUACUUUGUGCGGCCGGAGGACAGCAUGGAGCUGAAGCCGGUUGAGAGCGCGGUGCUGAAGAAGUUGGGGUUGAAGCCUGAGGAGGGCGGUGCGACGGGUUUCACGGCGGGGGAAUGGGUCAAGGCGAGGGUGGCGAAGUCGAAUAGUGGGAAGGUGAGGAGUGAGAUGACGAAUGAGGAGAUUUUGCCCGGGGCGCCGAAGGCGAAGUAUUACGAUUAGAAUGUAUCGAUGAGGAUCGAAUGUCAGUACAAAUCACAGCAA